CUCUCUCUUCCUCCUCCCCUCUCCCUCUCUCUCCACACGGCGCCCUCACGCGCACGCACACACAUACACCUGUCUCCGCCUCCGCUCCGCUUGUUCCCGAGUGCGCUCGCCGCAUUCCGAUCCCGCCGGCCAAUUGGUUCGGCGCCGGCGCGGGGGCGAUGGUGUCGGGCGGGUGCGUGGGGACGGAAGGGGGCGCGGAGCCGGAGGAGUCCGCGGCGGCGGCGGCGGUAGCGGCCGAGGAGGUGGUGGCGGCGACGGCGCCCGCGCGCGCCAGGGAGCUGGUGGUCGGGUACGCGCUCACGUCCAAGAAGGCCAAGAGCUUCCUCCAGCCCAAGCUCCGGGGGCUCGCCAGGAAGAAAGGCAUUCAAUUUGUUGCAAUUGAUCAAAAGCUCCCGCUGUCAGAUCAAGGCCCUUUUGAUGUUAUUCUGCAUAAGUUGACUGGAAAGGAGUGGCAACGACGGUUGGAGGAAUAUAGAGAGACACACCCAGAAGUUACUGUUCUUGACCCACCAGGUGCCAUAGAACAUUUGCUGAACCGCCAAUCUAUGCUUCAAGAAGUUUCUAAACUGGACCUUGCGGAUUGUCAUGGUAAAGUUGGUGUUCCGAAGCAGCUCUUUGUUAACACAGACCCACUGUCAAUACCAGCUGCGGUUAUGAGGGCUGGGCUAUCGCUUCCUCUAGUGGCGAAGCCUCUGGUGGCGAAGUCUCAUGAGUUGUCUCUUGCUUAUGACGCAGCUUCCUUGACGAAGCUUGAGCCUCCGUUGGUUCUUCAGGAAUUUGUUAACCAUGGCGGUGUCUUAUUUAAGGUCUACAUUGUUGGAGAUGCAAUUAGGGUAGUGCGUAGGUUUUCACUGCCUAACGUGGAUGAGGGUGAUCUAUCAAACGCCGGAGUGUUCCGGUUUCCGAGGGUCUCUUGUGCUGCAGCCACUGCGGAGGAUGCAGAUCUUGACCCCCAUGUUGCUGAACUUCCUCCAAGGCCACUGCUUGAGAUAUUGGCAAGAGAGCUGCGGCGCCGACUGGGUCUUAGACUGUUCAACAUAGAUAUGAUCAGAGAGCAUGGGACAAGGGAUCGGUUUUAUGUUAUAGACAUGAACUAUUUUCCUGGGUAUGGUAAGAUGCCUGGAUACGAGCAUGUUUUCACCGACUUCCUGCUGAGCCUAGACCAGCAGAAGGAGUUCAAGCGACGACCGGGCUAUACCUCGGGCGAGGGGUGAAGAGUCGAGACCGACCAACUUCCCUCUGACCUUUGCCAGUAUGUUGUCUCUUCGCAUUCGCUGUGUGUACAAAUGAAUGUGCAUAUCAGGAGGAGAAGGAUCAUCUCAUCUCAUCUGUGGUAGAGUUGGGCAUCAGCAGUAGCGAUGAUAAGGCAGCAGCGAGGACUGUGUUGAACUGUAAUUAUUAAUCCGCAUUUUGGCGCAACUGUGUUCUCUUCAUGUUCUCGAAUAAUCUCGUUCGGCCUAUCAAUGGAAUCGAGCGGGUAUCUCAAAAUUAAACUCAGGUGUAGAACAAUCCACGCAAAUUUCCCUACCGUUUGUGCGAGGAAGAACAGCAUACUACUCGUUCCUAGGCUUGUAGCGCGCCUUCUUCGCCCUGACUAUGUAUGUCUGAAGCUUCUGUGGUGACACAAUGUCAAGGUA